CUUAAACCGGAGAAGAAAAUUGCAUCCCUCACAUGUGAUAACAGUAACUAGAUCACAACACCAAAUACCGUAGAGGUCAGCUUCUACUUUUCAGUAAAACCCAAAUUACACAAUCUCUAGAAUCGAUUAAAUCGAUCCUGUUUAAUACUAGCGAAGUAAAUGCCAAUACAAUUCAUUUUUCAUCGAUCCACCCGGCUUAAUUUUCCGAAUUCAUCGCCCAAUGUCAAAAACGAAGUCCUCUCACAGGCUCCGGUGCCUUUAAUUAUACGGAGAACAUUUUAUUGUCCGACACCGGUUGGCGGUGUCCUAUGAAUUUCCCAAUAUUCCGUUCAAUGCGUUUAUCUUUUCACGCAUUGAGAAUGUCAUAUCGGGAAAGAGGUCGCCGAUCCUUUGAUCAGGGCUAUGGUGGAGGAAGACACGGUGGAGGUGGCCACGGAAGAGGCGGUCGAAAGUACCAGGACUAUGACAGUGCUGACAAUGGAAGAGGUCGUAAAAAUUUCGACCGAGACUUUGGUGGGAAUCACAUGAGAGGCAGUCGAAGGCUUAACGAUCAAGGCAAUAAUGACAGUGCAGAUAAUGGUCCUCACAGACAUCCACCUGGCUUGAAAGGGAAAGAGAUUGGAUUGUGGUACAGUCGACGCAGUCGCGCCAAGAAGGAAAUGCAAGACAAACAGCAACGUCCAAUGAUAAAAAUGGACAGUCGGCAGGAAAAUAACAUCCGGGACAUCUUGGAUCAGUUUGGAUCCGGCCCAUCCAGCAGCUCUCACCCUCAUCAGUACCACCCCAGUUCCCACCACACCACUGACAUCAGGGAUUGCCGUGACAACGACAGAACACAGAAAGCCUCAUCGGACGACUGGUUCAACAUGGACUCAGCCCACGAGGAGACCAAACCCAACAGCAGCAGCAAGUCAUUGGAAUCUCCCGUUUGGCACACCUCGUCUCCAAGAAUCAAGGAAAAUGCUUAUAAUAAAGAUGGCGACAACGACGAGGGUGAAGUUGGUCACGAUGACAAUGAUAAUGUCGAAAUGUCAUCGCAGUUGGCCGAGAGAAGCAACAGCUGUGACAUCUUGGCUUCUGUCACAGAAGUGAUGAAGUUUUACAAAGAAGAAACCGAUUAUGGAAUUGAUCCAGCAUCGGAUGACUUCGUGCCAAGUUCCAGUAUCAAAUGCAAUCCUUCGCUGGAUGCAGCAUACCAGAAGGACCUCCAAGAACGGUCAAAGAGUACCAGCUACCAAAAAAUGCUUCAAUUUCGGAAGAAAUUGCCAUCAUACGACAUGAGAAAGGAACUUGUAGAUAAGAUUCAGAACAACCAAGUGGUGGUCAUUAGUGGAGAGACUGGUUGUGGUAAAACAACUCAGGUACCUCAAUUUAUCUUGGACGACUACUUAGAACAAGGAAUGGGUUCAACGUGUAGCAUCAUCUGCACACAACCUCGGCGAAUCAGCGCUGUUUCUGUUGCUCAAAGAGUUGCCGAUGAACGUGACGUAGCAUGCGGACAGGGCAGCGAAGUGGGGUUCCAGAUUCGCUUGGAAAGGGAGCUUCCACGAGAGAGAGGAUCCAUACUAUUCUGUACGACUGGUAUUGUGCUGAAAUGGCUGGAAUCUGAUCCGUCGUUACUCCGGGCCUCACACAUUAUCCUUGACGAGAUCCACGAACGGGAUCUUCUCUCGGACUUCCUCAUGGUCAUCAUCAAAGAUCUCUUGGUCACUCGGCCGGACAUUAAAGUGAUUUUGAUGAGUGCGACCCUCAACGCAGAAAUGUUCUCCAUCUACUUUGGUGGUGCCCCCAUGAUCAACAUUCCUGGAUUUACUUACCCAGUCAAAGAAUACUAUUUGGAAGACGUCUUAGAAAUGACAAAUUAUCAGCCACCUGAAGCCAAGCGUCCGAAAUGGGGCAUGAGAGGAAUGGCUAAUGCCAGGAAGGAAGAAACGGAAAGACAGCAAAUGAAGGAUUGGAUUCGUGAGACAAUACAAGGAAGCUACAGCCCUGCUACCUGUCACUCCCUUGCUUCUAUGGACCAUAAAUUCAUUGAUAUCGAACUCGUUGCUGAACUUAUCAAGUAUAUUUGCUACAAGAAAGAGGAUGGUGCCAUUCUUGUAUUCCUUACUGGUUGGGAAGAAAUCCGAAAAACCAACGACCUCCUCAACAAAGAUCCUACAUUCAACAGUCGGAAUUUCCGCAUUAUCCCAUUGCAUUCAUUGAUGCCAACUGUAAACCAGAGAGAAGUGUUCAACCGACCCCCAGUAGGGGUUCGCAAGAUUGUACUGGCUACAAACAUCGCGGAGACAAGUAUUACUAUUGAUGAUGUUGUCUACGUCAUCGAUUGCGGAAAAAUCAAGGUGAAACAUUUUGAACCAGAGAAAAACUUAACAUCGCUUGAACCGCAACUGGUGUCCAAAGCAAAUGCUAAACAGCGCCGUGGACGAGCAGGCAGAGUGCAGCCAGGUGAGUGUUAUCACCUGUAUUCCUCAUUUACUGAGACAACACUGGAUGACUAUCUCUUACCUGAAAUGUUGAGAACACGGCUAGAGGAACUCUGCUUACAAAUUAAGUUAUUGAAGUUGGGAAAAAUUAUUCCAUUUGUGGAGAAAGCGAUCCAGACUCCGUCAUUACAAGCAUUAAACUCAGCCAUCAAAAUCUUACAAGACCUGAAUGCUCUCGACCAGGAUGAAAACCUCCUCCCACUGGGCAAACACUUGGCCCGCAUGCCUGUCGACCCACAUUCCGGCAAGAUGAUCCUGUUUGGUGCCAUGUUUUGUUGCCUUGACCCCAUCCUCACAGUUGCUGCCAGCUUGAGCUUUAAAGAUGCUUUUGUUAUCCCCUUGGGAAAGGAGAAAGCAGCGGAUCAACAGCGGAAGAUGUUGGCUGAAGGAAGCAAGAGCGACCACAUUAUGUUAAUUAAUGCAUACAAGGGUUGGAGAAAGUCUGUGGCUGGACGUUAUGAUUAUUCCUACUGUCACCAGAACUUUCUCUCUUCCAACACACUUAAGCUGCUGAAAGAGAUGAAGGGUCAGUUUGCAUCCCUGAUCCACCAACUUGGCUUCAUAUCACAACCAAAUCCAUCAGAGAGAAAUGCUAACAAAAAUUCUGAUAACCUGGAGUUGAUAAAAGCUAUUAUUUGUGCCGGUCUUUACCCAAAUGUUGCCAAAGUACAGAAACCUUCGAUGGGUAAAAGACCCACCAUACUACAGACCAAGAUAGAGAAGAGGGUCUCCCUCCACCCGAAAUCUGUCAAUUCCACAGAAUCAGUGUUUGAAUCAAAAUGGUUGAUUUACCACCAAAUGUUGAAGACGUCAGGGAUCUACCUCCAUGAUUGUACCAUUAUCUCACCCUACCCACUUCUAUUCUUUGGUGGACCAAUAGGCAUCAAAAGGGAUGGUGACCAAGACUGCAUCACGGUGGAUGAAUGGAUCGUUUUCCAGGCCUCUCCAAAAACAGCAGCUCUUGUGAAGGAUUUACGCACAGAACUGGAUCAAUUGCUCGAAGAGAAAAUCAGCACCCCGGGCCCCACCGAUUGGGGUGUGAGUAAGAAGGAAGGGGCCUUAAUGAAGGCCAUUAUUGAUCUUGUCAUCCAGCCAUGCCCAUCACCACAAUUUUAAGGGGUCUACAUUGUGAAUAUGAAGGCCUUGGAUCUGCAGAUCUCAUGUGAACAACAACACAAACCCAUUCAACUUAAAACUGUGUACAUUUUCUUGUAAACUUGAUAAUAAUAAAUCUUAACGUUAUCACAUC